AAAUCUUAUUUUGACGGCAAACACUUUUAAUUCUGUGAAUUUUAGAAUGCACUGCUGUCAGUACAAUCACAUUAAUCCAUUUCUGAGCAAACAAUUUUGCUUCACAAAUUCUUCCACAGUUUUUCUCCCCAAUACAUUAAUAUCAUAUAUAUAAAUAUAACAGAAGUGAUCAAAACUGCUUUCACUAAAAAGUGAGAAAGUGUACCAUUGCACACAGAUCAACCGCAAACAAACUCAGAGUUUCACCCCCUCACUAACUCUGCCAGUCAGUGUUAUUAUAGAAGUCAUCCACACAUGCAUUUUGAUUAAGAACUUAACAAUGAUCUACACAUUCCUCUUUGUCCUCAUUACAAAAAUACUGUAGCCUAAUUAAAAAAAAAAAAGAAAAAAAGGUGUAUUUGUAAUGAAGAACACUCAAGAAAAGUCACAGUUCAGUUGGUAUUAGUCACAGUAAUAAAUAAAUUCCUCCUCGUGAUUAAUCGCGUUGAUUUUCUUUGUUGACAGUCAUCCCCGCGUUAAAAAUGUCCUAUAAAAGACGAGACACAAAUCUUAACUAUGAAUAAAGUUCGGUGCAAUUUCAUAAAUCAUAAAUCAGAGGUAUGGCAUUUUAAAUGCACAUAUUUCUCGGUAGGAAUGAGGCGCUUUCAUGUCACCGUGCGUAAAACGCAACACCCUCCAGAGUGCAGACGGCUGGAACUGAGCUGUCUUGAACUAAUGGUAUUAAAUAAAAAGAAGAUUGUUAAAAAAUUGUUUUUUAGAAAAGCGCGUCGCGUUUUGUUCUGUUCCAAAAGAAAAUAAAAAUCUUUAUUAUUUUCUCCCUGCGCUUCUUCCCUCCGCCUUGUUCCGCGCUGCGGAGCUGCAGUGAUGUCAGCCUGCCUGGGUCAUUUGAAGGUCAGCAGCCUCGGAAGGGUUCAUACAAAGUUCACUCGCAUAUAUUAGGCAAUUCAAUCUUUCAUUCUCCGUGGCAAAACUAGUUGGAAAUGAGCUGCAAGGGGGGACGGAUAAAGCCAUUCGUCAUCGCGGAGGAAAACGCGUGCUUUUAAACGCCGUUCGUCUUAUUUUUGAUAUUAGGAGAGAACGGUCCUCCGGCUCCGGCGAGCUUCACCGCUGCGUUCACUGCUGUCGGUGAAAACCCGUCGGGAUGUUAUUGUUAUUAUUAUUAUGAAGGGGUCCGGUUUAGACGUCCGUGGCAGCGCGCACUGUGGUCUAGAUGAGUGUAAAGAUGGUAACUGAUCUGUUAGAAGAAGUCGUAAAGCAUUUUGCUCCGAAAUAAUUCAUGAUUCCGGUGCGGGACGAAGGAGAAGAAGAGGAGCGAAAUCUACCGUGCGAAGAGGAAGAAGAAGAGGAGGAGGAGGAGAGGAGGAGGAGGAGGAGGAGGAGGGGGGAGCAGAGGAGUUUGAUGGAGUUGUGUGCGCUUAUGCCGGCGAUUUUAUCCAUAACGCAAUAGAGUAGUUGAACGAAGCUCCCGUCAUCAUGUUUGACUGCAUGGACGUGCUGGCCGUGAGUCCCGGGCAGAUGCUGGAUUUCUACACGUCCAGCCCGUCCUCCUGUAUGCUGCAGGAGAAGGCUCUGAAAGCCUGCAUCAGCGGACUGGCGCACAGAGAGUGGCAGCACCGCCGGAGCGCACACUCCAUUGAAACACAGAGCACCAGUUCUGAGGAGCUCGUCCCCAGCCCGCCAUCCCCACCGCCCCCUCCCAGAGUCUACAAGCCCUGCUUCGUAUGCCAGGACAAGUCCUCCGGAUACCACUAUGGUGUCAGUGCAUGCGAAGGUUGCAAGGGUUUCUUCCGCCGUAGCAUCCAGAAGAACAUGGUCUACACGUGUCACAGAGACAAGAACUGCAUUAUCAACAAGGUGACGAGGAACCGCUGUCAGUACUGCCGCUUGCAGAAGUGCUUCGGAGUUGGGAUGUCCAAAGAGUCUGUUCGAAAUGACCGGAAUAAGAAGAAGAAAGAGAGCCCAAAGCCUGAGCUGGCAGAGAGCUACGAGCUGUCAGCAGAGCUGGAGACCAUCAUCGAAAAGAUUCGAAAAGCCCAUCAAGAAACCUUCCCCUCCCUCUGCCAGCUCGGCAAAUACACCACGAACUCGAGCGCUGACCACCGUGUGAGGCUGGACCUGGGCCUGUGGGACAAGUUCAGCGAGCUGGCCACAAAGUGCAUUAUCAAGAUCGUGGAGUUUGCCAAACGAGUGCCUGGCUUCACGGGGCUGACCAUCGCGGACCAGAUCACGCUCCUGAAAGCUGCCUGCCUGGACAUUCUGAUCCUGCGCAUCUGUACAAGAUACACUCCCGACCAGGACACGAUGACCUUUUCAGACGGACUGACCCUCAACCGGACGCAGAUGCACAACGCUGGCUUCGGCCCGCUCACCGACUUGGUGUUCACUUUUGCCAACCAGCUGCUGCCCAUUGAGAUGGACGACACGGAGACAGGCCUCCUCAGCGCCAUCUGUCUCAUCUCGGGAGACCGUCAGGACCUGGAGGAGCCCUCCAAGGUGGACCAGCUGCAGGAGCCGCUGCUAGAAGCUCUGAAGAUCUACGUGAGGAAGCGUCGACCCAGCAAACCGCAUAUGUUCCCCAAAACCCUGAUGAAGAUCACAGACCUGCGCAGCAUUAGUGCUAAAGGAGCUGAGAGGGUCAUCUCACUGAAGAUGGAAAUCCCAGGUUCCAUGCCCCCCCUCAUCCAGGAGAUGCUUGAGAAUUCAGAGGGCCAAGAUGGCCAGAGUAGCAGCAGCAGCAGCAGCAACAACAACAGCAGCAGCUCUGGCGCCGAGGCGGACGCCAGCCCCAGCAGCAAAAGCAGCCCCAAGGAGGACACCGCCGCCGUGGAGUCGCCAGAGUCCUUGGAGGCCGAGGAGGCUGCGGCCACACCGAGCGACGAGACAAGUGAUGAGCCCUAGGAGGAGCCCGCGGGUCCUGGUGAAACUCUCUGACAUUCCUUUGCACAAAAAAGAACAGCUGACUCCCCCUACCCUAUAACCCCUCUACCCCGACUCCUUCGCUCGGUGUUACGUUAUCUUUAUAUCCUCGUCCUACUUUUCGCUCCAGUCCCCCUAAAUUCUCCCCUCAAAAAGAAAUCGUCAACACGGAGGCCUCAAAGGAUCAGUGCUUUGUGUAUAAUUCUGAAUUGAGCUCUUAUUCAGCGCGGUGUCUCCGGGGCCAGGACUAUGACAGGAAGGGCAUGGCCCUCACUAAUCCCCAGAGAUGAUACUCCUCAGGUCUCCUGUGUAAAUUCUUAUCUGCAUGACGGGAGUUUGAUAAGUGGUUUCGCUCUUUCUUUCUCUUUCUCCCUCUCUCUCUCUCUCGCUCUCUUUUUCUCUGUCAACUCUCCAUCUCUCGUAUUGUUGGCAUACAUACAUUGUACAUACCAUUGUAUGGUUAGAUAUCUGUUUCUAUGAUGAAUUUUGUGGUGCUUUUUUCAUUGUCUUAAAUAUUAUCUUUGAGGCGACACAUCAAGUUUUAAAGCAGGACUCGUCGUAAGUCCAUCAAAAAUUUAUCUAGAAUGUUAUUGCAUAUUGACAUUAUGGAAGUCUAAUAUUUUAUAUUUGUUCCUAUAUUUAAAACCAUUUUCGUCUUUUAUAACACUUUCAUGUCUCUACGUGAAUAAGUGUACAUCCACACCGCCAGAAUGCAAAGCUUCUCUCCAUAUCGACAGCCGAGUCUGUUCAACCGUUUCCUCAGAGGAGGGAAGCACAACAGCAGAAGCCUUCGAUACACACUCAUCAGGCCGACCUCGUCUGUUUCAUUUUCCAGUUUCAAAUUGAACUGGCGAGACCUGACGUAGCAGAUUAGAUUUACAAUAACGGCCCACCAAAUCUACUCAUUUGGUGGCUGUGUCUCCUCAGCAAAUCCGUUUACCUCACUGUCAAAACGGAAAUUAGGUAGCUGAUGGAUGCCAGAGAGUUCUCUGCACCAGGCUGUGAUCACGUCUGAUCCGUUUCCCUGUUAGUCAAUACUUCUGUUAUGCACUUUAUUAUCAUCGUCUCCUCAUUUAUGAUGUUUCACAAGCUUAAUAUUUAGUUACACCCAAAUGUCCGUUUCCUGAGGCCUUAGGAUUUUUGUUUUCCAGGUGCCCAUUGAUUCGCUGACAUGUGGAAAAUGUCUGGCUUCACAUGAGUCUACUUUCUAUUUAUUAAUCUAAUUUUCAUCAACAUGACUCCAGUGUUCUGAGGACAAAAGUACAAAAAAAGCUUCAUUGCCAGGGAAACUAGGCAAUAUCAGAGCAUACAAGAGAAUGCGGAUGCUGGUGAAUCCGUGGUGAACGAAUAAAUCCUUGAAAUGGGCAUCAUGUGGCCACUAUGUGUUUCCAGACUGGCAGGUUGGCCUUCUGCUGUGGAGAGAGAACUUAUCUGAUGUGGUUUUCAAAGAAUCUAGAUUCCAUUUACAGCGUUAUAACACAACAGUAGCAGCAAGAAAGUUAAUAUAGGAAUCCAUUUACUGAGAGCUACUAACAUUAGCUAGAAUGAGAACAGUGUUUUCGGUUAGCGCUGAUGCCUCCCAGCGAGAAGGUCCGGGUUGGAGUCCAGCUCGGGCCUUUCUGGCCGGAGUUUGUAUGUUCUCUCUGUGUCUGUGUGGGUUUUCUCCGGGUACUCCAUUUUCCCCGAAAUUCUGAGAAAGACGAGUCAUACAAAUGUUUGUAUCUUCGAACCUCGUCAGUCAAUCUUUCCACGUUGUGUUGUAUAAUUAUUGAUCCAAAACAAACAUAAAUACUGAAGCAGAAACACACGACUACCAGGCAAACUAAUCACAGUUCUUGUGGUCUGCGUUGCCAUGACAUCUAGUUACAUUUCUGGGGAGGCACUAGGGUCUGCGUAGGGUUGUCACCGUGGCUACGGCAUCAAAUUGGCACAUAAGCCUAAAUCACCUAUGCUAACAUCUACCACUGCAUUUGGAGUGAAACUGAAAGUUAUUACAACUCACAUGUCAACAAUGACCCUUGGUUGCACAGUAAAACAACAAACUGGUUCACUGUAGGUAAUCGUAAUAAUAUCGCUACUCUGUUAGUGAUACUGUUAAGUUCCUAACGCUCAUAAAUUAUUUGAUCAGCACUGUCGUCAUUAGCUUUAUGAAUGAUGCAAUCCCAGUAUAUACAAUAUAAUUUGGAAGAGAACUGUAAAUUUGUAUUUUUAUUACACACACUAGUUUCACUAAGCUGUACACAACUGUUCUGUUCACUGAUUUAAAUUGAUCUUAGCAGCCACCUUGGGGAUUACAACAGUAACUGAUAGGCACCAGUCAAAUAAUACACAAACGAGACUUUAAGUGGAACAUGUUUGUUAUGUUGCUCUUGAGAUUCUUGCUUUCCACAUUAGCGAGCCGUGCUAGCGUUUGUGAUAACCCAGUCUGAUCACAGCCUAAUGGUAGCUUUGAUUUUUUAUUUUUAUUUUUUUAAAGAAUGAACACCUGAAUGUCAGCCUAAUGAGUGUGUAUCUACCGCUAACAGCAUGAACUACCAACCGCACAUGGGCUCUGUUAUGGCCUUUAGAGCAGAGCCCCUCAACCUGCUUUUCUCUCCCUUUUCAGAAGUGUCUUGUUUGAACUGGUGAAACACUGGGGCAAUGCAAUGCUUAAAACACACCGAUGGCGGAGCCGUGUGGGUCUGGACAAUUGUACACUAUGUAGAAAGCACACGGUGAGGUGGGACCUGAAUCCACUUCGAACGUUUGCCUUGCUCUUCAGACUUGACAGUGUAAGCUACAUUUAACGAUGCAAAAGGAGAUUCAAAUGAUGCAGCCGAGCAAAGCUUCUCUUUGGACAGUCGACCUAACUGAGCUCUUAAUCUCACUGGCAGGGAAGUGGUUGGUGUGUGUUUUUACGUCGGACGAGGUGUUCCCGCAGAAAUGAAAUGAUGAUCCUGGAAAGCUGCUUUUCUCCACAGCCAUGGUCACGUAUGAUACUGAACAAUAAGGAACAAACUCUGCUACAUCCUCUUAGAUGUAGACCCAGAUCCGUCACCAGCUCGCUGAAUAAAGGCUCCAUUCACUCUAAAAUCAAGUGGCUGUUCAAAGUACACCAAUGAGCUAACUAUAGAACUUAAACACAUUAAAACUUUGAAAGGGAGCAGAAGUACUGAAUCUGAACAGGCGCCAAGACAUUAAGCACAAAAGUUGUACACCACAGAACGUACUGAACUUACUGCUUCAAAAAAGAUUUUUUUUUUUUUUUUAAUUUCAGAAUUGAUACAGAACGUAUGAGUAAAUACGAAAGGCAUUCAGCAGGAUGAUUCUUGUGCCAGAAGGUGCUGAAUUUGACCAAAAAUGAACGGACACUCAAAUUUACUUUGAGUUGUUGGAAAGGUUUUCUGAUGGGCCAAAUAAUUGAGCCUGUUCUUUUUCAAUUAGCCAAUUUACAAUUUUUAUAGUUUAGUGUGAACAAUAAUCCUGUUUUAAUUAACAAAACAAACCAAAACACCUCAAAGAGUGAGCUUUUCACAGUAUCAUAUAUUCUUUGUCAGCCUAUAGGUAAAUGAAAUGAUUGAAGAAUAGCAUAUUUUCUUGUUCACAGGAAGAUGAGUAGCAUACUGUGCCAGGCCUUAAGCCUGGAAUGAGCAAGUCCUCAUUUCUAAACUCAUGUGGUUCAUUCUCAACCAUGAGAGCAGCGGAUGUUAAAUUAUUCAAUUUAAAGUCAGGCCAUGAAAAACUAAUGCAAAUUCAGAAUCUGCUUUCAAACCAAAUUUGCAUUUGGCACCUGCUUUUUGGAACACAUGUUUGCUCUUAUAUGCACCGUCCUGAAGUUUUAACUACUCACCUGAGUCAUUCGCGCUUCUUGCACGUGAUCCGAAUCAGCAGAGCAAAAACCCAGUAGUAAAGGGCAGUGACGGGUUCUGGGUCUCAGCGGCAGAUGACAAAAACGCAUCUUCAUUCCAUCCCUGCUCAGAAGUACAUAUCAAAAGGGAAAAUCAGAGCUGACUUAGUUUGUUGUUUUAACACGUUUGAAUGUGAAUAAUGUCAUGGACCCUGUCAUAAGAAUGAUAUGCAGUGUUAAGGAAAACUUACUUCUAUCUCAAUGUAACAUAGGAUCUCUCCUCUGCUUCUCUGUCUUGCUCUCCUGGUGAGAGAUGAAGGGAAACAUAUUGGUGUUUUCCUCUUUUUUUUCUUUCUUCCUUUCUUUUUUCUUUUUUUUUGGAAGCUGGAAAACCUUCACAGCUGAAGAAUGUCCACAUCCACCCUUGACACAUCAGGCCAGCCCUAAGGCUCCUGGAUGUGACGGGGACCUCUUAUCUGUUCCUUUUGGAAACGACUUCACAAUGCUGAAUUUCUCUCGUUCGUUUCUGUUGAAUGUUGUACCGAUGUAACUGUAAUACUCUACUAUCUAGCUCACUGCAGAGAUGUUAUAUAAAUGGUGUGUGCUUUGCAUUCCAAUUGGCAGCUCUGUGGAAAAGACGCUCUGUCAUUUGUCCUUGGGAACAUCCAUUCAUAUCCAAAAAACUGAAAACACAAAAAGGAGGAACUGGAACAGGACGGGCUGAUCUGAAGGUCCAGAUCACACCACAUACAUAUGGAAUUUAGGACAAUGAGAAAGAGAAGCCCAGGAACGGGAAAAUGGACGACCAAGUCACCUCAACACCGGAUAUUAUUCUUAUGUUCUGUUGAUGUACCAUAUCAAACAGCAGAGCUGCUCCCCUCCUCCUCAGCCAGAAAGCCGAUCAGCUGUCGUCAAUCAAACCCAAUCAACUGACAGCUGUCCGGUUAACAGGUCAAAUAAUGAGCUAGGGUUCGACCGAUAUGGGCUCCUGAAAUUGAAUCUCAAUAUUACAUGUCAACAAUCAGUCCUCGGAAUUUAAAGCAGCACGAGCCACAACGUUUCGGUCAACCGUGGAUCAAAUAAGCGCGUCAGGCGCGAUGUGUAACAAAACUAUUGAAAAAUAUUUACCUCACGUAUCACCAGCUGUUCCCCCGCUGUACGAAAGUGAAGCCAAAACAUGAGAGGGUGGGUGCUGCCAUCUGGAGAUUGUGAUUUCAUUUUCAAUGAGCGUGUUCAUUGUUGUUCGGGGGUGGAGAGGUGUUUGCAGGGUGCUGCUUCCUGUCUGGCCUAGACAUAAGAACACUUGGACUUCAUGGAGCCAGUGUUGCCAGACUGAUCAGUUUCACGCAACUGGGCGGGUUCGAAUUUGACUGACGGGUGAACACGAGUAAGGCUUACAUGGGAUCAUUUUGGCAUUAUUAUUUUUUAAAUAUUAAUGCUGAUCUUAGCUUUAGUUAUUCAUUAAGUUACUAAAACACAAACUCGAUGACUCCGAAAGGCCUCACUGUUCACUAUGUGCCAGGCGCAUUUUGUCGGUAAAAAGCAGCAGGGAGCUUUGACAUUUUUGUUUGGCACGAGUUCAAGCUAAAUGUAAGGGACGUGUAAAGGAAUUUUUUGCAGGGCUUCUAGAGCGUCGUGUUGGCCCCACAUAUCGGUCUAACCCUAGAUGAAACAACCUAACCAGGAGCCACAAGUCAUGACUGUGAACCUCAAUAUGAAUCAUGAACAGUAGCUCUGUUGUCGUCUGUCCUGAAGGUGUUCUUGGCAAACAUCAGCGUCCGCAUUCGCCUUUUUCCUGUCGGUAUCAGAGAACCUCACCACCAGUCACAUGCAGUGUUGUACAGUUUCGUUAAAAGACAUAAUUGCGCACAUCUCGCUGUGCACGAGGGUGGAAGCGAGCGAGGGCCGUGGCGGAUGCGUCCCGUCGGCCUCUGCUGCCAGCCUGUAGAAAGAAGUCAACCUCGGGAGCUGCUUCAAGGUUUGAGCUUGGAUCUGUUUCCGCUCUCCAUUUUAAAUAUUGUUCUUGUUUGUACAUUAACAUAUGCUUUUUAUGUUCAUAUACUGUUUAACUUUACCAUGAACUGUCCUGGCAAAGUAAUAAAAUAUAUUUAUUUUAAAA